AAUGUCAGUGUCAACGUCACUGUCAAACUAAAAUAUUAUUUUGUUGUUGUGUGUCCGUAUUGAAUUUUUUAAUUUCAAAAAAUAAUUUGUGGAUUCACAAUGACUGUGAUUUUGUGAUUAUAAAAAAGUUGUGUUUUCAUUAUAGACUGUAUUGAGUAAAUAGCCAUUAUGUGGGUUAAACCUCAAGAAAUUUUCAUAAAAACUGCGCUUUGGGAUUCCGACGAAACGACUUUGUACUUUGUCCUGCAGAGGAGGAAAGGGCACGGGAAAUCGAAAGGAUUCUCUUCGCUUCUUGUGGGUACUUUAGACAGCGUUCGAGAUACAAAACCAGCGCCCUACAGAAUUUUACAUCAGACACCAAACUCAGAAGUGUAUUAUGUAAUAGCCACAGCAUUGACUGAACCAGAAAUAAGACAAGAUUGGCAGUGGUUAUUUGACAAUGUAUGCCCGACUCUUCAUUCAUUUGAUACAGAGGAAGAAGUGACUGAGUUUGUCUGCUGCAAAAUUAAUUCUAUUCUUGCUACGGAGCAAGAGAUUUUUACUGAAGAUGAGGACUCGGUCACAUACAAAAAUGUGGAUUAUGAGUUCCACGAAAGGUUCCGCAUGCCCAAAGAUGAGAAACUUGUCUGCUAUUACUCUUGUAGUUACUGGAAGGGAAAGAUGCCUCGCCAAGGUUGGAUGUACCUCUCAGUCCACUACAUGUGUUUCUACUCCUACAUAUUUGGACGGAAGACCUCCAUAAAGAUCCGUUGGGCAGAUGUCACGGAGUUAGCCAAAACCAACAGUCUUCUAUUCCCGGAUUCCAUUAAAGUGGUGACCCGGGAUGGUGAACAUUAUUUCACAUUGUUCUUGAGGAAGAAUGAAACAUUUGCUUUGAUGCAGCAGUUAGCUAAUAUUGCUAUGAAACAAUUAAUCGACGACAAGUCAGGAUCCUUCAACAUUGACAAGGAUCUUCUGACGAAGCUCAGCAAAAACGUACCGAAGAAGCCAUCUUUCUUGAAAAGAGACUUAGAUGCAAGAAAGCAGUCUAACCUCUUCACAUUAAGGUUCAGAUUGCCACAAAACGAGAAAUUGGACGGCACGGAGGAAUGUACCUUGUGGACUCCUUAUAAUAAGAGACAUAAUUGGGGAAGGUUGUAUCUCUCGCAGAACUUCAUUUGUUUUGAAAGUCGGGUCCGCAAUCUAGUCCGUCUUAUAAUACCGCUCCGCAAUGUCCAUCAAGUGGAGCGAGCGGACUCUGGUGGAACUGGCAGCUCCUCGGGAGACUCCGGGAGCAUCCUCAUCACCACGGCACACCACACCAGCUUCCUAUUCGGAAACAUCUCAGACAGGGACUUCCUAGUCCAUAAGAUAUCCGAACUACUUGCGAAACUGCCGAAUGAUGUGUACAGGGAGAAGGCGACCAAGGUGCUGGCGCAGUCCGAUGUCGAUGGUUGGACCCCGCAGCCGCCUCUGAUGACACUCUUCAGGACUCACCAAACGUCACCUAUAAAGCAAAUUCAGCAAAAGAAGGAAAAACAAUGGGAGGAUCACAUGGCAGAAGUAGGGCGCGGCGUCAGCAUGUACCAAACAACGGAAGGCAGCGAACUAGUCGUCAAUGGCAUUCCAGAGCUCUUACGAGGAGAAUUAUGGAGUGUGUUCUCAGGGUCCAUACUCCAGAAGGCUCAGAACAAAGGAUUGUAUGAGAGGCUGGUGAACAAAGCUCUUUCUACAAAGACCCAAGCUAAUGAUGAGAUUGAAAGGGACUUACAUCGGUCUUUGCCUGAACAUAGGGCCUUCCAAAAUGAUGUUGGAAUCUCAGCUCUUCGCCGUGUCUUAUGCGCUUACGCGUUAAAAAACCCACAAAUAGGGUACUGUCAAGCGAUGAACAUUGUUGCUUCCGUACUACUAAUAUACUGCCCCGAAGAACAGGCGUUCUGGCUUUUAGCGACCAUCUGCGAAACUUUAUUACCUGAUUAUUACAAUACGAGAGUGGUUGGCGCUUUGGUGGAUCAAGGUGUGUUAGAAGAAUUAACAGAGGUCCAUCUACCAGAGCUACAUGCGAAACUGGAUGAGCUAGGCAUGAUGAAGAUGAUCUCCUUAUCUUGGUUCCUGACGCUCUUCAUCAGUGUGAUGCCCUACGAGUGCGCUGUGAACGUCAUGGAUUGCUUCUUCUAUGAUGGCGCUAAAGUUAUUUUCCAGGUAACCCUCACGAUACUCGACAUAAACCGCGAAAAGCUCCUGAAGUGCACUGAAGACGGUCAGGCCAUGCAGGUCCUGAACGAUUACCUCCAAGGCAUCUACAACGAGGAAGCGAUGGCGCUUUCAACCGAACCACGAACUGCUGAAAAGACAAUAAAGAUCCAAGAGCUAAUAUACCAAUCGUACCGCUCGUACGGCAGUAGUGUGUCGAACGAGAACAUCGAGCAUUUGCGCCUGAAGCAUCGGUUGAGGGUGGUCAGGCAACUGGAGGACAGCCUCGAGAAGAACACGCUACGAGCUCUGCAACAGGACAAAUUGCUGGAAUUGAAUGAGUUACAGGAAUUACUAAGUGCUAUCCGUGAAGAGCUACUGUGGGCUAAGCGCGUGCCUUGCGAGCGGCUGGAAGCUCCCUACGAGUCCUACCGGCUAGAUUACACCCAGUUCAAGACUUUGUUCUGCGCAUUGUCGCCCUGGGCUAAAGGAGACUUCGCAGAGGCUAUCACUGCGAGAAUGUUUAAGUUAAUGGACUACGACGACGAUGGCAUAGUGAGCGCGCGCGGCCUGAGCGUGGCGCUGGGCCUGUCGGUGCGAGGGGAGGCGGCGCGGCGCCUGCGCGCGCUGUACGCGGCCCACGCGCCGCCGCUACUGCCGCGCCGCGACCUCAUGCCCACGCACUUCACCGACACCGGGGAGGAACUCGCCGCUGAUGCUAUCUCCUUCUUUGAUAGUGCUGAUGACGAGGUGAUACCUGAACCGGGUCCAUUGCAGCGCUCCAUAAGCGAAGUAUGUGGCGAUGGUACUCCGAUGGACAAGAGUGACUCGGAAACCAGCCAAAUAGGGCCAACAUACUUCACCGUGGAGAGCGUACGUGCGUGUGGCCUGGCGGGGCUGGCCAGCGGCGCCAGUACGCCAGGUGCCGGGGGCGCGGGGGGCGCAGGCGGCGGGGGCGCGGCGCCCCCACUGCCGCGGGACCACUUCCUGCAGCUACUGGCCGUGCUGCACGACCUCACGCAGUCGCGGCCACAGGUCUACGAGGCUGUUGUACUCGCUGGUACUCUCCUACUACAACUGGGCGAGCUGAAUCAUCGUCCGCAACUGGACCGCGAGAUCUCGCAAGACAGCUUGUUCCUAGCCGCCGCCGCUAAGCAACCUGAAGUGCAGUUGGAUCCCAACGGCAACACAACGGAACCAGAGCCUGAAAUCAGGAAACCAUCCCCAUCUCCUUCCAAAGAGACUGAGCCAGAAGGAGUCUGGUCUAUCACGUUAGAACAGUUCCUAGCUACCAUGCUGUCUCAGCCAGCUCUUGAAGAGUUCUUCAAUGAGAAGGUGUCUAUACUACCGGAGUUGGAGUUGCUUAGACAGAGAGAUAGACUGCAGUCCGUUUCAUAGCUGAUGGAAAUAGCCGGGCUGCUUGGCAUAAGUCUAUAGUUCCAGGCACCCCUGCUUUAAAAGGUAUGUUGUAUGAUCAUGGUAUAUUUAAAUUUAAAGGUCUUUUAUGCAAUGCCCGCUGUUAUAUACGUUAUUUUAAAAGGAAAAUGAAGUUGUACGGAUUAAUAUUGUGAAAUAGUUAAAACAUACUGCUUUUAAAACGAAAAUUGUAAACAAAAUUUAACAGGACUCUUGGAGCGAGUUUGCUUUACGUUUACAUAGAGUAGAGAGCGCGUUCAGCUCUCUGAUUGGUUGGUUUAUUCGAGCCGGCCAAUCAGAACGCCGAACGUACUCUUAUUUCGAUUACUUAAAACGUAAAGCAAACUCAUACUAAGGGUACAGAAAAUAAAAUUAUGAUUUGAAAAAAGUAAUAAAUAAUGAAACGGACUUUUGCAUAAUUCAUGGUCAGUUUUAAUAUCAUAAUAAUAUCUGUGUGGAGCUAAUGUCAAAAUGGUAUCUUUUGUAAAUAAAUCUACCGACAAAUAGGUUAUUAAAACUGACCAUUAGAGUUCAUUUUUAAUCAGCAUUAUUUCAAUACUUUUUAAAUGCAGUCAGGCAGGCAUUGUUCAAUUUUUACAAAGUUCAUUGAUACAAAAGUUUGUGAAAAUUUUUAAAUCAAUUAGACGACUGUCAUCGGUGUAUAAAAUCAGUAAAGUCGAAAUUAUUAUUACCUAUAUUCGGUGGUACUUAAAGAGUUACCAUUUUAGUAUACAUAUAAAUGGUGACUUUAUAAAAUAAGACAAUGUAUUUAACAUUAUUGUCAUAUUGAUGCAACAAUCAUGACGAUGACAUAAUAUUUGACCUCAGAGGACUUAAUACGAGUUUAUUUUACGUUUAACAGAUAUUGAAACGAAACCGCGUACGGCGCUCUGAUUGGCCGGCUCCAGUUAACCAACCAAUCAGAGCGCCAAACUCGUACUAAGCACUUAGAGUGCUUAUUAAAAGAGCCUUCCAAAAAGAAAAUUAGUGUUACAAGACAUGUAUGCACUUUUGCUAUGUACCACAGCUACAUAAUCUCGCUUGUUUCUAUGUAAACUUUGUAUAUAACGCUUAGUUAUAAGUGUAGAUACCGCAAACAUACUAAUGAAAGAAAAAUAUAUAAAAAAAUCUAAAUAUAUUUGGUGGUACAAUAAGCUGUUUUAACUCUUUGUAAAAGUUUAAUAACUUCCAAAGACCAAUCUAGAUAAUUAUAGAUUCUUGUAUUCCUAAACUACGAUCGAUGUAAAAAGAGUAUUCGGCCAUUGUAAUUGCUAAAAGAAUUUGAUUAAUCGACUUAAGAUAUUAAUGGAUAGUUAAAAAUCGAUGUAUCUGUUCGGUAGUGACCAUGACAGAGCAACUAGAAAUUUAUUUUCAACAAUGAUAUCGACAACAAACCUCCUUUGAGUCGCGCAUUCGAGUAAAAUAUCGCGAAGUCUUGCGAUCUAGAAGCGAACGCGAAGCGGUGCGGUGUUUCGCGUGACACACGAAUUCAACGCGAUGCGGUGUGCAAGGCUCGGAUACCGGUUAAAUUUUCAAACCGUUAUUAUGUACUUGUACGCAAAACCUUUACAUUGGGUUUCGUUCGCGAAACCGGUUUUUUUAAACCGGUAUUUGGAACAGUAUUUUCAUAAAGGUUUUUUCGGAUUAACCGGUUUAGAGCAAUAAAAACCGGUUAAUACGACGCACAUCAAAGAAACGCCGCGCUCUGUUCAGCUUAUUUCAAUAAUAAUAUUUCAACGCGUGUACCGACAUGCCCCUCGUCGAAUAAACCGGUUAAUUUAGGUUAAAAUAAAGUUCUUUAAUGUUCACGUUCUUAAGAAAAGUUCGGAGGAAAACCGAUAUAAACCGGUAUUAACCGGUAUUUUUUAAACCGGUUCCGAGCCUUGGCGGUGUGACCAAGCCAAUUGAUCGCUCACCGCAUCCUAGUGUGCGGGUGGUCACAUAGGCCAGGGCAAUAGAUUUUGACAGUUUGUUGUUUUCGCACCGCGGCGCACCGCUUCGCAUUCGCUUCUAGAUACCUCACGCAAGACGAUGCGUCAUUCACGCUACACACAACUGUACAGUUAAAACGGAAAGUGUGUAGCCUGCAUUAGUCGUACUAAAACAUGUGUGAAUCGUGAAACUUUAUUCGAUAUUCGACCUUAGCCUUUUGUAAUAAUGUUGAAAAUCCUACUACCAAAUGGAAUUAAGGACUUAACAACCAACCUCAACAAUGUUUAGACGGUAAGACCCGGUCGAAAUGCCAAGAGAAAUGUAAACUAUGUAGAACAAUCGUAUUGUUGAUAAAACGCUUGUUUAUUAACCAUUAAAAUAAAUAUUCGUGAUGUUCAGUUAACAUUCCAUAUUAUAAAUAUUUUGAUAAUAUUAUCAGUUGACUGAGGAAUUGGUUCAAAAUAUUAUGUGUUUGUGUAAACAUAUUACAUAUGUACAUACCACGUAUUUGGUUCUUUUUCUGAAGAGUAAAAAUGUAAAAUGUACGGUACACUUAGUAUGAGUUUGAUUUACGUUUAAAGUAAUCGAAACGAAACCGCGCUCUGAUUGGUAGGUUUACUCGAGCCGGCCAAUCAGAGCUCCGAACGCGGUCUCAUUUCUAUAACUUUAAAAGUAAAGAAAACUCGUACUAAGGGUACGAAUUCUUGAAAAACAAUUUACUUACGUGUUUUACUUAAAAAAAAAAGGUGAAACUAGAGUUUCUUUUUGCACUAAAAUAUAUUUUUGUUAUCGUAAAAUCAACCAAAAACGUUAGCUAAUAAAAUCCAUUCGAAGUCAACCGUUCGCUUGUAUAUUUCUUUUGUCUCCAAUUCCUCAGUAACUGUACGUAUGUAGUAUAUUUUAAUAUAACACGUAGCCAUAUUAUUUUUAAGUUAGUCUUACUUAAUCUAGUACCUAUACUAAUGUACCUAAUCUACGCUAAACAUGUAUUUACAGAUUUUAAUAAAUAUAAAAAACUAGUUUUAGUACAAAAUUAGCAUUUCUUUGUAGCACAUAGUAUCUAACUAUUAAUGUAAUAUUUUUUCAUUUAAUAUACAGGUGUAAUAGAAUUUGUUAGUGAUAUUUUAAACUUAGAUCCUACUUAUGAUGCUUGGUUACUAAAGCUCAUACGAAAAUGUCAUUCAUUCAACGUUAUUCAUAAAUAACAUUUAUUUUGGAACUACUCUUUUCUCCUUGUAACUUUUACCUAGCAUUUAGUACGCAAUGACCAUACUCUAAAUUCGAUCAUUUUUACCAUGUCACUUAUGUACAAUCCACAAAGUUAGCAGUCGACCUCGUUAGGCGUUAUUCGCAAGGCGGCGCGAGCGAUUACAGGGAAAAAGCCCGGUGGAUAUUGAAUUUGUCACAGGAAUUUGUUUAAAAAAUGUACUACCGUAAUCUUUGCAGAUAGUAUGUUAGUUACUAACGUCAAUAAGUACUAAAAUUGUUUAUAAUCAUGGGUAGUGUCGUAGUUUAAAUUAUCACAAACGAUUUCAACAACCCUGUAUAUUAGCUUCGCUUCCUAAUAAGUUAUUUUAGACAGCUUUUAAAGCAAUAUAUUUUCAACCGUAUUUAGAUUGGACUUAAGGUUUAAAAUUAAAUGUAUGUGUAUAUAAACAGUGCCUAUGUAGUAGAUAGGUGUACUGUGCUUCAAUGAUUGGUGCUUAGCCGGUUAAAGUGCUUGGAUAUAUCGGGUUUUAAGAAAAUUGUACCUAUUAUCCCCUAACCAAACUUGUUCAUACAAAAGUAGUCUCUAAACAUUGGAAAUAAGGUUUAUAAUAGAGUGGGUAAGAGAGGACAUCUGAGGAUUAGAAGUGUGUUGGAUAUGGACAUGCAUAGAGGUAUUAUAAAUAGAGAUGGGAAGUCAGAUCUAUCCUUUCCUUCUGUUACAAAUAGAGAGGUAAUCUUCUCUUUCUAUCUCUCUUUUUAGUGUGAAACAGGACACAUAAUAGAUUCGAAGAUUUAACAAGCUAUUCUUUGAUGCCGCAAUCCUAUUUUUCUUACUAACUAAAACGUUUUCUAUGUAGUACCUCUAUGUAUACUAAUGGUUCCGCAGAAGGCACUUCCCCAAUGUAUACCACAUACAUAAUAUCCAAAGUAUAAAAAUUAUCCUAUUAACCUAGAUUAACAGAUUGCUUACAAAGUAUAAAGGCUUUAUAAAAACAAACUAUAACGAAAACAAAAAUAGAAUUAGAUAUAUUUUUCUCAAGUAAACUUUGGCGCUGAGACGCUUUGACAAAUUUUAAAAAUAGUAAGCUGUUUGUGUAUUAAUGUAAGAUACUUGAUAUUAAAUGUGUGGCCGUUUUCUCUAACCUCUUAAGGAGCCUCUAUAUAAAGUAGGUGAAACUUAAGGACGCUUUGGUUAUCACCAAUCUAUAAAUGACGUAAAGGGGUUAGUUUAGGCGCUCCAUAACGUUGAGUACAUCUUAAAUGGGAGAUGAUUCAAGGGUGGUUAACGAAAUCGGCCAUUAAACCAGCAGGCCCCAUGGUAUUUAAACACUAUUCGAAAGCAUGAAUUGAAAAAAACCUCCAGAAAUGUGCUAUGUAGCUAUGAUACUAAGCUAUCUAGCAAGUAUGCAAUGUGUCGAUAGUAGGAAAGCAUUUCGCAGCACGCAUCUUUCCGUAUAAAAAACGUAGCUUAGCUGAGUCCGUUUUCGACCAUUGCUAGGCUAUGUGUACCAAUGAAUAUGAUUGAUGGAAGCCAAACGCAUCCACAGUAACGUAGCAUAGCACAUCUCUGGUGGAAAAACAUCCUGACACUGGCAUUCGACAAAACGUAUGUCUUUUCUAUUUACCCGUUUACGACUAGUGUGUAAAUCACUAGAGGGCUUAUUAUGAAUAGAAAUAUAGCUAUACAUUAUAUACUAAAUAAGCAAUAUCGUCAUAAACGUGUGUAUAUUAAUCAUAUUUAUUUUUGUAAUCACGAUAUUUUAUUCAUAAUAGUCCUAAUUGUGAAUGAAUUAACGAAUUUUUGGGUACAAUUUAUAGAAGCUUUUAGGUACAAUCGCUUGCAAAAGGGGGAGGGCCGUCCUUGACAUUUUGAUUAAUGGUACCUCCAUUUUUUUAUCACUUCUCUCUUCUGUAAGACUGUACACCAAAAUGUUUGACAAUACAAUGUUCAGCCCUCUGCUUCGCUUGGUCUUUAGAAUCUGAGAUUUUUCUAGAAAGCUGUGCUAUUUUAUAUUGUUUCUAAACUCUGUUAUCUUAUAAGUUGAAGCACAAAAUGCUAUAUUAUAGUACCUAUGUAUAUUUUAAUUUGUAAGUUACCUAUGUCCAUGUAAGUAGCGAUGUAUGAUUUAUAAUUCUUCAUUGAAUACACUUGUUUGACGUUA